AUUGUUUUGCUCGCCGAGCGCGCGAUGAGUGUCGUCGGCGAUAUCGUGCACAGCAUUCACCAGAAGAAGCUGGAUCAAGGUGUUCUGCACGCAUUCAAGCAAGAGAUUGAAUGGAGUACCCAAGCAAAAGUUCUCGCAUUGCGCAACUUGUCUGACCACCUUGGACUCACUCCUGAAUUGUCCGAUGAUUGUGGGUCCGACGUGUCGUCGUCGUCGUCCGACAGCACCACUUCUGACGUGAACGAGAUCGUGCCGCGCUUGCCGAGCGAACGCGUCGCUACCAUGUCUGAAGAGGAAGUCGCCGUGUUCCUCCGAUUUGGGCUUCCACUCGUCCAAGCGUUGCGAACGUGUCUAAGCGAGUGUGCGAGUGGGGUUGUGCCGUCCAUCUUGUCGUCAUGGGCUUCGUUAGCUCUAAAAUGCCCAGACAAGUCUCGACGAUUCAUGCUUGAGUGAUCUGGUCGAUAUUGUCACCCAACGAAGCCCUGCGUUCGAGUGGAGGCAGAAAAGCGACAGCUUGGAACUGAACGCGCUCUUGCAAGUCGGUCGCCACAAGCCAUGUUAUCUUUACCAGACCAUGCUACCGAAGUUGGCCGAUCGCCAGAUGCCACUCCACAGACAAGUCAUGCACUGGGUCUUGCUUGGGCAUGUUGCGGUGCAGCCAUGGUUCGACGCGAACGAAUUUAAAGCUACGUCGUUGUGGGAUUUCUUGGUUGAGUCGUCCGCAUCGCCUCAGCAAGGCUUGCCGACGACCGUGCUCUCGCUGUGGCUGAUGUCCGUCCUGCUGUCAUCACCAACUCCGUGUCUAGACGCAUCGACCGCUUCCAAUGUACUCAGAGCACUACGCCAAGCCAUCGUGACAUGCACCGCAGAGCUGCCGUCCCUCGUGAAUCCAUCGGAUUUGGCAGGGACCAGUCCACACGCGAUGUUGGGGCACAUUCAGCUCGCGGACGUUAUCCCAAACUUCACACUGGAACAAGUGCACACGUCGUUCUCGACGUUUCUGAGCCAUUUUGACGCGCACCAAGGCGCGGGGGACGCCUACCGAGUCGAUCCGUUGCCUUCAUCGACGCAGCUCGAGACUUUUCAGGACGUUCCAAUGCCGGGAUUUGUCGUGCAGCAAGUUGAGCUGUGGAUUGGAUCAGCGACAUCCACGACUGGUGGCGCGGGGGUCCGUGCUCUUCGGGUGACUCUUCGAGAUGAGUUUGGCGCAGUCCACGUGCUGCCGUUGCAUGGAGAUGGCAGCGUCCAGCACCAAGCGUUUGGGACGCGGCAUGUUUUUGCCGUGGACCGUGAUGAGUUUAUUACGUGCAUCGACAUGUCGUGCUAUGAGAACUUGCAUGCGAAGCAGCCGAGCCAGCGCCGCCGCACCUUUCUCGGCGCCGGGGACGUCGUCGCGUUGCGGGAAUCGCGGGCCAAGGCGUGGUGGUACCACCGCGAAUUGACGGUCGAGAAAGAGAUCAAUGCGAGUUUGCACAAGCAAAUGCACGUGCAGCGAUCCCAAAUCCUCGCGUUUGAAAAGGAACGGCGCAAGUGGGAACAUGAACUGCAGAGACGUAUCUCCAAGUACGCGACGGACAGAAAGGCGUCGAGCGAGCUAAAUAUGGAGUUGCACACUCAAGUCGAAGCGCUGGAGCUCAAGGUUCAAGACGCGGACGACCAGCUCAGGGCGAUGACGGCAUCCAGCGCUGAACUGGAAGGCACAGUGGAUGACCUCCGGCGGCGAACAGCGCACACGCAACAGUUGGAACGCCACGUCGAGGAGCUCAAAAUGCAAUUGGCCGAGUGGGACCAGCGGCACGCGGCCGAACUCGAUCGGCAAACCCAACUACACGCGAAAGAGAUUGACGACCUCAAAUUCACGUGGAGUAUUGCGCUGGACAAGUACCGAUCCACGGCGCAGCCAGUCUGUGUACCGCCGCAUGGACCGGUCGAAGGUAGCCACGACGAGAAGCGCGUUGCCGAGUUGGAGAAGGCGCUCAAGCAAAAGGACCAAGUCAUUCAAGUACUCAAGGCCAUGCUCGAGCGACAGCAAACCACCGCCGAGGACAAGAUCACCUUGGCCAACAGCAAGUACGACCACGUGAAAGCCAUCAACUUAGCAUUGCAAAGGAAAGUCAUGGCGUCGCAAAUGCAUUCAUAGCGUCCAGCAGUGCGCCUAUCCGACAACAACGGCAACGUUUAUUGAGAACGAAUGUUGUACUGGGCCUGCCACGCGUUCGCUGCCGCUUCCUUUUGCUUUAGCAGGUCCGCGACUUGCACGAUGAGUUUUUGGAUUCCCUCGGCGUUGCUGGCCACGGCCGGCAAUACUUCUGCUACGGUGCGCUCGACGAGGACGCCGCCCACCAUACGGAACGCACGGCGGGAGCCGUCGUAUCCCUUCAACGUGUCUGCCACGCGUUGAUGUUCAUGGAGCUCCAGUUCCAGCUCGGCAUGCUUCUCGGCAAGUUGCCGCACUUCGUUCCUCAUGCCUUUGUACGUGGCAAUCACUUGCUGCUCGUUCAGCUGCGCUUCCGCCAUCGCUCCGUCGGUGCUUGAUGGAAAGAGAGAUGAAUUCCUGC